AUGUUUUAUCGAUUUUCAACUUUUGGUUAUUCUUUAUUUUCUUUAUUUGUAAUAAGGUUUGUCGAGCGAGUUGGUUAUUUUGUGAUUGACGUUGCUGAUGUUGUUGUUGUUGUUGUUGUUGUUGCAGGCCGAUACGUAUCCAACCUGAACGGAAACUGCAUGCGGUGCCUGUGUUACGCGUCCACUCUUUGCAACGUAUCAGUCGGGUGCUCACGUGGUUACUGCGGUCCUUACUACUUGUACCGCGAUUACUGGAAGGAYGCGGGUCAGUUGGUGAUACCAGACGACGACCCGGACCGGGACCAGGCAUUCGUAGACUGUGCUUCGAACUUGGAAUGCGCACAAAAGGUCGUYGAAAACUACAUGGUCAAAUGGGGACGGGACUGCAACAAAGACGGCGUGACGGAUUGUGACGAUUACGCGAGGAUUCACUUCAACGGCAGGGAAGACUGUUCGGCCAUCGACAACACCAACUUCUGGAGGCGAUACGAAACGUGUCGGCCGAGCAGUAGCAGAGGAAAGUUUAACUGAUGUACCUGUCGAGAGACCAAACUACGCGAGCUCAUUAAUACUUACUACCUAUUACGAUGUUAUUAUUUAAAUUAAAAUUAAAAUUAAAAUGUACUGUAUAAUAUUAUAUUGUUGCUAUGAAAAAAACA